AAACGCCUCCAAACAGAAACGAGAAGCGUCGUACGAAAUCCGAACUCGCAAUGGAGCGAAAAUAUCAGCGACAAAAGCCAAGCUUUAGCUCGCUCGCUGCUUCAUCACCACAAUCACAAAACUCACAGAAAAACGCAUCGAUGAAUCCGUCGCAGAAGCACGAAGAAGAAGACCGUCUCCACCGCCACUGAACUCCGCGCUCUCCGAAACCGCCCUCCUCGCCCUCCCCUUCCCCUUCCUCCAUGGCCGCCGCCGCCGCCGCCGCCGCCGCUCUCUCCUUCCUCGCUCCGCCUCUGCCACGGAGGCCCCGCGCCCGGAGCUCCGGAUUCCGGAGCCCCCCGAGCCUCCUCGGGCCGAGCUCGAUCUCGAUCGGGUCGGAUCCCGCCGGGAGGAGGCGUGGAUUUAGGAGGCUUUCUGUUCACAGAGCAGCCGCCGCGGUCGUGUUCCGCGAUCUCGAUGCCGACGAUUUCAGGCACCCUCUGGAUAAGCAGAACACACUGAUAUUGAGGGCAAUUCCAGGACUGAACGAUCUUGGGAGGGCUCUACUAGGAACUGUAACAGAGCAAGUUAUGCUUCUUGAGAAUAUCGGGACAUCAGUUCUUGUUUCUGAGAAUCAGCUUUCUGAUCUCCAUCAAUUGAUGAUUGAGGCUGCGCAAAUAUUGAAUAUUGAAGCUCCGGAUCUCUAUGUACGUCAAAGUCCUGUACCAAAUGCAUAUACUUUGGCAAUCAGUGGCAAAAAGCCAUUUGUUGUUGUUCAUACCAGCCUUGUGGAGCUUCUAACACGAAAAGAGUUGCAGGCCGUUUUGGCUCAUGAGUUGGGUCAUCUGAAAUGCGACCAUGGUGUAUGGCUCACGUUUGCAAAUAUUCUCACCCUUGGAGCCUAUUCUGUACCUGGACUCGGUGGAUUAAUAGCUCAAAGGCUAGAAGAACAGUUAUUUAGAUGGCUUCGAGCAGCAGAGCUAACUUGCGACCGUGCUGCGCUUCUCGUUGCCCAAGACCCCAAGGUUGUCAUUUCUGUUCUGAUGAAACUAGCCGGUGGAAUCCCAUCUUUGGCUGAUCAAUUAAACGUGGAUGCCUUUUUAGAGCAAGCUCGUUCUUAUGAAAAAGCAUCUUCAAGCCCUGUGGGGUGGUACAUAAGAAAUGCUCAAACAAGGCAACUUUCACAUCCUCUGCCGGUUCUACGUGCCCGCGAGAUUGAUGAAUGGUCCAGAGUCAGGAUUACCAAACCCUUCUGAGACGUGCUGCACAGAUCAA